CUGGUGAGUGAUUUCUUUUGGAAAAUUUUAAAUUUCAGCCAAAUUCUGAUUUUCAGCAGGAAAUUUGGAGAAUUUUGAGCCCAAACUCUAAAAAAAUCUGAAAAUUUUCAGAUUUUCAGCUAAAAUUCAUGUUUGGGCUCAAAAUUCUUCAAAUUUUCUGAAAAUUAAGGUUCCAGGUUCGAAAAAUCAUGAAAAUUUCAGAUAUUCAGCCAAAACCUAGGUGAAAAUUUGAAUUUUUCGUCAAAUUUGGAGAAUUUUGAGACCAAACUUCGAGAAAAUCUGAUAAUUUCAGAUUUUUUCAAAUUUAGGCUCAAAAUUCUUCAAAUUUUCUGAAAAUUAGGGUUCCAGGUUCGAAAAAUCAUGAAAAUUUCAGAUUUUCAGCCAAAACCUAGCUGAAAAUUUGAAUUUUUCAUCAAAUUUGGAGAAUUUUGAGCCCAAACUCGAAAAAAAUCUGAAAAUUUUCAGAUUUUCAUCAUUUUUGGGCUCAAAAUGCUCCGAAUAUCAUGAAAAAUUCGAAUUUUUCAAAAAAAAAUUCCAGUUUUUUUUCAGGCGAAAAUUCUCCACCAACUUUGCAAUGUUUUGACGUGGUUUCCACGUCGAAACCCGAAAAAAAUCACCGAAAAUCAAUGUAUUGUGAGAAGUUUGUAUUUAUCAGUGGAUCCGGCUCAGGUAGGUGUUUUUAAGGUGGAAAAUUUGAAAAUUUUGAGCGAAUUGCUCAUGUUAGCCUAAAUUUUAGUGAAAAAUUCAAGAAAUUGGAGAAUUUUGAGCCCAAAAACACAAAUUUCCACCUGAAAAUUAAUUUUUGGCUGAAAAAGUUCAGAUUUUCAGCUAAAAAUUGCAUGUUUAGACUCAAAAAACUCGAAAUUUUCUGAAAAAUCUGAAAUUUCCCGCCAAAAUCUGCAAGCUCCGCCCAUUUUUGCAGCGUUGCCGCAUGAAUAUCUCAACAGGCUGUGAUUAUCUACCCGAAUAUCAAUUAAAUGGUCAAAUCGACGGUUUGGAAGGAGUGGGCGUGGUCGAAAAAGUGGGCGUGGCCUCGGAAUGCAAUUUUGCGGCAGGCGAUUUGGUGGUGCUCAAUGAAAAUUCGAAAAAUCCCGGAAAUUUUUGGCCGUGGGCCAAAUAUUUUGUAAAAGAUUUGGAGGAUUUGAAAAAGGUAUUUUUUUGGCUGAAAAUCUGAAAUUUUCAGCGCAAAAUUUGAUUUCAGGUCGAUUUUCUGGCUCCCGGAGCAUCCGCCUCACUUGUUUUGAGCUACUUUGGUCUGAGCUCGGGAAUCACGGCGAUUUGUGGAGUCUGGAAUAAGGUGGGGCUGAAAAUCUGAAAUUUUCAUGAUUUUUUAAGCCUGGAAUCCUUAAUUUCCAGAAAAUUUGAAGAAUUUUGAGUCCAAACAUGAAUUUUAGCUGAAAAUCUGAAAUUUUCAGAUUUUCAUCAAGUUUGGGCUCAAAAUUCUCCAAAUUUGAUGAAAAAUCCAAGUUUUCAGCCUGGAAUCGAUUUUCAGCUAGGUUUUAGCUGAAAAUUUGAAAUUUUCUGAAAUUUUCAAGCCUGGAAUUGAUUUUCAGCUCAAAUUUGCGAUUUUUUGAGACCAAACAUGAAUUUUAGCUGAAAAUCUGAAAUUUUCAGAUUUUCAUCAGGUUUGGGCUCAAAAUUCUCCAAAUUUGAUGGAAAAUUCAAAUUUUCAGCCUGCAAUUGAAUUUUGGCUUAAAAUUCGGGAUUUUCAGCUCUGGAAAGUGAAAAAUUUUCAAUUUUCAUCAAGUUCGGGUUCAAAAUGCUCCAAAUUUUAUGAAAAAUCCAAAUUUUCAGCCCUGGGAACUGAAAUUUUCAGAUUUUCAUCAAGUUCGGGCUCAAAAUGCUCCGAAUUUCCCCAUUUCCAGGCCCAAAUCUCCUCGCAAAUCCCACAAACUUUGGUAAUUUCGGGAGCCGCCGGAAGUUGUGGAACUCUAGUCCACUGGUCCUGGGAGGUUGACCAAAAAUUGACCAAAUUUUGGCCAAAAACGAAAAUUGGUCGAAUUUUGACCAAAAAUUGA